GGCAAAUGUCAUCAUGAAAAUGCAUGGAUUUCUGUGCUUCUCUUUCUCCCGUAUCUUCUCCAGAAAAGGUUCCCGGAGCAGCAGCAGCAAUAAUAGCAGCGACGCUAAAAGUAGAAUGAGCAACUCGGACCAAGACAGCCAGGUGAAAAGUGGGGGUACAGACGCUUCCGCACGACACCGUUUUGACGAACAAGGACGACGAUAUCAUAAUCGUCCUGACGCCGCUUACAUGCUCCCUAACGACGACGAAGAAAUCGAUCGCGUCCAUAUGCAACACUGGGUCAUCAAAAUCGCCUUCCAAGGCAACUUCCACGCGCCCGUUGAACAACAACUCGAAGACGGUAUCGUUGUCCUUGACGGUGGCUGCGGUCCCGGAACGUGGUCAUUGGAAAUGGCUGAGAACUUCCCCAGAUCCAAAUUCUAUGGCGUUGACAUUUCUGGAGUGUUUCCUUCCGAGAUCAAACCCGCCAACUGUGAUUUCCAAGUACACAAUGUCAGUCAACCUCUACCAUUUGCUCCCAGUUAUUUCGACUAUGUCUUCCAACGCAUGUUGGUCCUUGGCAUCAUGCGUGAAGAAUGGGAUACAGUCUUGAGCAACUAUAUGGAGGUAUUGAAACCAGGAGGUUGGUUAGAAUUGACAGAGGUCAAUAUCCCUGAUAGCGUCAAUGCAGGUCCCAAAUUGACCAUUUUGAUGGAGACCCUGGGUGAAGUCGCUGCUCAAAAGGGCCUCCAGCCGGGCGUCUCCUCUGAACUCGGGAAAAAAUUGAAAAAAGCCGGCGCUAUCAACAUCCACUGCAGGAGAAUCGAGGUGCCCAUGCAUCACGAUGGUAAACUCGGCUCACUGUUAUGGGAGGACUUUGUGACAGCUUUCCGUGGCUUGAUCAAGCCUUUUGUGACCAAAAAGCAUCCCGAGCUCGAAGACGACGCCGUUUAUUUAAAGUUUGUUGAAGAUGCCGGAAAAGAAUGCGAAGAAUACCAAAACUAUAUCAUAUUUUAUCGUGCCUUCGGUCAAAAGCCUACUACAAGCACUUAAAGAAAGGGAAUGUUUUGACCCACCUGGUAGUGACGCACCCUUUCCGCUACUAUAUGUAUAUGAUGUUGACGACGACGACGAUACCUAAAUUAUACUAUCCACUAUAUGUAAAACCACCUCUCUGCUGUGUAUAAUAUUGCUCACAACUGUAGAUAGCUGAUACUGAUAAUUACACUAUAAACAAAACCAUAGUUCGCUA